AUGAUGAUGUUUUGUUUUCAGGUUAUCCUCAUCCUGACCAAGCUGUAUGACUUCCACCUGGGCAGCGUCACCGAGAGCACUCUGUGGAGGUCCACUGACUACGGGUCCACCUAUGAGAAGAUGAAUGACAAAGUGGGGACCAAGACCGUCCUCAGUUACCUGUACGUCUGUCCCACCAACAAGCGCAAGAUAAUGGUGCUGACCGACCCAGAGUUUGAGAGCAGCCUGCUCAUCAGCUCAGACGAGGGGGCCAGCUACCAGAAGUACCGCCUCAGCUUCUACAUCCUCAGCCUUCUCUUCCACCCCACCCGGGAGGACUGGGCCCUCGCCUACAGCCACGACCAGAAGCUCUACAGUUCUCUAGACUUUGGUAGGAAGUGGCUGCUGGUUCAGGAGCGUGUGACUCCUAGCAGGUUCUACUGGUCUGUGACUGGUCUAGACAAAGAAGCUGACCUGGUCCACAUGGAGGCUCACACCCCCGAUGGACGUGUGCAGUAUGUAACAUGCCGGGCCCAGAUGUGCUCCGAGCCCAACAGGAACUACCCCUUCCUGGGGUACAUCGACAUCAGCUCCCUGGUGGUCCAGGACGACUACAUGUUCAUCCAGGUGACCACGAAUGGGAGGGCCAGCUACUACGUGUCCUACCAGAGAGAGCCGUUCAUUCGCAUCAAACUGCCCAAAUACUCUCUCCCGAAGGACCUGCACAUCGUCAGCACCGACGAGAACCAGGUGUUUGCCGCCGUGCAGGAGUGGAACCAGAACGACACGUACAACCUGUACCUGUCUGACACGCGCGGGAUUCUCUUCACGCUGGCCAUGGAGAACGUCAAGACCACGCGGGGCCUGGCAGGAAACCAGAUGCUCGACCUGUACGAGGUUGCAGGUAUCAAGGGGAUGCUCCUCGCCAACAAGCGCCAGGAGAACCAGGUGAAGACCUACAUCACGUACAACAAGGGCCGCGACUGGAGGCUCCUCCAGGCCCCCGCCGCCGACCUCGCCGGCAACGACAUCCACUGCGUCCUGCCCUUCUGCUCGCUUCACCUGCAACUCCACACGUCUGAGAACCCUUACUUGUCAGGGGCCAUCUCCACCAAGACGUCGGCUCCAGGCAUCAUCGUGGCCACAGGUAACAUAGGGACAGAGCUUUCCUACAACAACGUUGGGAUGUUCAUCUCCUCCGACGCCGGGAACAACUGGAGACAGAUCUUUGAGGAGGAGCACAACGUGUGGUUCCUGGACAAGGGCGGGGCGCUGGUCGCCGUGAAACAACCCUCGGUUCCGACGAGGCACCUCUGGAUCAGUUUUGAUGAGGGGAGGCAGUGGGCCAGGCACAGCUUCUCUCUGGUGCCUCUGUUUGUGGACGGAGUCCUAGUGGAAGCAGGCACUGAGAACCAGAUCAUGACGUUUUUCGGACACUUCAGCCACCGCUCGGAAUGGCAGCUCAUCAAGAUCGACUACAAGUCCAUCUUCAACAGGCUGUGUUCUGAAGAGGACUACCAGACCUGGCACCUCCACAACCAGGGCGAGCCUUGUGUGAUGGGGCAGAAACAGAUCUACAUGAAACGAAGGCCUGGCAACUAUUGCAUGCUGGGAAAGGACUACGCCAAAAUCCUCUCUGCAGAGUCUUGUAUAUGCCGGGCCCAUGACUUUGAAUGCGAUUACGGUUACGAGCGGAGGGGAGACGGGAACUGCAGGCCGGCAUUCUGGUUCAAUCCCGCGUCCGUGUCCAGGAGCUGCAGCCAGGGGCAGAACUACUACAACAGCACAGGGUAUCGAAAGGUGGUCUCCAACAACUGCACCAAAGGGGUGAAGGACAUGUACACGGCCAGGAAGCAGCAGUGCCCCAACCGGGCCCCCAAAGGCCUGGCUCUGACCACCCGAGAGGGCGUCCUCACCACCAGCCUGGGUGCCAACGUCACCUUCCUGGUGCAUCUGGACGAGGGGGACUCGAUGAGGACGAACAUCCAGCUGGACUUUGGGGACGGCACGGCUGUGUCCUACUCCAACCUGAGCUGGACCGAGGAUGGGAUCCGACACGUGUACAAGACGGCGGGGAUAUUCCGUGUCACCGCCCUGGCGGAGAACACGCUGGGCUACGACAGCACCACCCUCUUCCUGCACGUCACCUGCCCCGUGGAGAAUGUCCAGCUGCUGGCUCCCUUUGUGGUCAUCAAGAACAAGGAGGUGAACCUGACCGCUGUGGUGUGGCCAAGCCACUCUCGAACCAUCACCUUCUUCUGGUGGCUGGGCAACAACACCGAGCCUGUGAUAACGCUUGAGGGAAGCAUCUCGUACACCUUCACCAGCGAGGGGAUGAACACGGUCACAGUCCAGGUGUCGUCUGCCAGCUCCAUACUGCAGGACAGCAAGACCAUCGCAGUCCAAGAGUUCUUCAAAUCGCUGCUUUUAUCUUUCUCCCCUAAUCUGGACGAGUACAACCCUGACAUCGGCGAGUGGAGACAGGAUGUGGGGAGAGUAAUUAAAAAGGCUCUGCUCCAAGUGUCAGAGUUCCCGGAGGAGCAGCUGCUGGUGGCAGUGUUCCCCGGGGUUCCCACAGCGGCCGAGCUCUUCCUGUUGCCACAGAAGAACCAAUCAGAGAGCAGGAAAAAGAGCGAGGAGGAGCUGGAGAAGAUAUCUGAAAUUCUUGUCAGUGCUCUCAAUCAAAACCUGGUGGAGUUUGAGCUGAAGCCAGGAGCGAGAGUUAUAGUUUACAUCACACAGUUAACAUUGGCACCCUUGGUGGAUUCCAGCCCCAGACACAGCAGCUCUGCCAUGCUGAUGCUGCUGUCUGUGGUCUUCCUGGGGCUUGCUGUCUUUCUGAUCUACAAGUUCAAGAGAAAAAUCCCCUGGAUUAACAUUUAUGCGGAGGUGAACCAGGAGAAGGAGCAGGAGAUGAUUGGCUCAGUCGGUCAGAACGACAGCACGCCUAAAAUCACCCUGAGCGAGUUCUCGACGGCCAAGGAACUCAUGGAGAAAGAUCUAGACGCAAGGGUCAAACGGGGAGUUGGGAACGCCUACGAGAGCACAAGAGAGAUUCCAAACUGUACCAGUGUGUAAAGCAAAGGAACGUGACAACAUGUACAGAGAAGAAGUGUUGCCAUUUUAGGGGGUGACCUUCUUUCUCGCUUUCUCUUUCUCUCUUUUGCUUUUCUUUUCUUUUUGUAAUUUUCCAAACACAGUCGAUGUUAAUAGUUUUUCUAAACAAGCUCAUUUGUACAGUUUUGCAUGGGUGUCUUGUUCAAUAGCAUCCAUGCGGUGAACCUAAAUUUACUCUGAGAUAGUUGUAAUUACACACAAAAACGUAAAAAUUUAGUUUUGCGGAAGUACGAGCCACAUGCAUAAUUUGGUUUGCAAAAGCAAUUAUCUGUUUUUUUUUCUCGCCUUCAUUUUCGGAGUUCUUGUCUUUUAUCAACCCUUACAGGAAGGUUAUGUACAAUUUGUUGCAAGUUUUUCAAAAAGGUACCGUUUGAGUCUAUGUAUAUAGACCAUCAUGUCUGAGUCUAUAAUCAAACAGGGAAUAUUAUCGAAAUGUACAAUAUUAUCUUUAGUUCUGUUUUCUCUGUAUAUACUAUACUGUAUGUAUACUUGAUUUCACAUGCUUGUAGUAAAAGUACAACACAGAGACAGAGGAGCCGACGUGAUUUGGUGUCAGUUUUAUGGAGCGUGUGUUUAAAAAGCCAGAUAUUACUUAAAAAACUUUAUUUGUUUUUACGUGGUCCUUGACUUGUGCAUGUUCUUAUCGAGGACACAAUUUCUGUGUUGUAGAUAAAGUGUUGUAAAUAGUUAUUUUCUAUUCAUUCAUCAAAAGAGCUCUAAUCAUUUUUACAUCCAGUACAGAUUUUCUCAAUCUUUCAUGGCGUUAAUUUAUAGCAGAAUAUGUCACAAAGGGUUUGUCUACUUUGAAAUGCAGACAUUUGUGAAUACAUAACUAAAUACAAAUAUAUUUAUCAAAAUUGAAUUAGACACUGUUGAUGAGACAGAAAGAGAUGCAUCGCAAUAGUUAAACCCUGUGUGUAAAGGAAUAUUUACCACCAAACAUCAUGGGAGUAUUUCAGUUUUUUGCCCUUUGAAUGUUUAGAGGUUCGAAUAACCCUGAUGGGAGAAUUUCUCGAAAUGCCUGUUAUGAUAUACUGAUCAACUACCAGAGUGGUUCUGCCACUUUCAGUGAAUGAGGAGGGACGUUUACGACGACAUCGUACUUGUACGCGUCAGUAAGAGGGACAAGUAUCUUUUGGUCUGUUUGUUCCCUGCAUCCUGUAUUCCGUUUGCAUCAGCUCAUGGAGUAUUUUUAUCUCUGUUAAAGUAUUAACUCUCAUAGAGUUCCCUGGUUACCUACCAGUCACAAUUUGGAGGCUUCAAACAUAUUAUAUGUCAAACAAACAAACAAACAAACUUCCAGGGUCAACUGUAGUGCCACUGAUCUGAUGAUAUAACAGCAUACAAAAAAACAAAUGUGCCGGUUGGCAAUUCAUCUGCAAAAAAUAAAUAAAGGAAAUGAAAAGAAAAAGAUUCAAAAAUGGUGUGUAUACUCAGAACAUUGACGUGAAGGGAUGUGUAUAGCUCAUAGGUAGAGCGUUUGACCUGAAAUCAAGAGGUUGCAAGUUCAAAUCCCCCAUUGUAAGAUGUUUGGAUAAAAGUGCAUGCUAAAUGAAUACAUAUAACCCUCACAUGGCAGAACAGCUGCUGUGUGUCCUCAUUGUAACGUUCAUUUCACUUGCAAGUGUUCAGUCAUGUUUCAGCUACACUCCCCUGGCAAAAUAGGACAUGGUGUUCUUCAUUGCUGUGCAGCUUCAAUUCCUAAAAUCCCCAUUCCCUAAAAGCAGGGAAAAAAUACUGCCAGCCAGUCGCUCUGAGCCCCAAUGUGAGGGUUGGUCUCCUUUUCAGCAGGUGUAGCCAGUCUUACGAUAAGCAGCAGAGAGGUGGAUGGUUAAGCAGCGAAAUACCCCAUGUCGCGAUAUCCCACAAUCCUGUGCUGAAGUCAGCACGUAAGUGCAGCCUCAGGGGAUGGAUAGAAGGACUGUCAGGAGGGAUACUGAGAGAAUGCGGUACGAGAGAGUGAGCAGCCAUUUAGCAAAGAAUAUCCCACUGCACUCUGUGUGAAUGUAGAGCCGUAAGUUGCGUCGAGGUCCUGCUGAAACCACGAUACCUGUCCGGAUAUUUCGUUUGUGAUACAACAAAGCCUGGCAGACUCUCUCUCACCCAGAGAGUUUGAUUCCUGUCCUACAUUUAAUCAUUUAGCAGACGCUCUUAUCCAGAGCGACUUACAGUAAGUACAGGGACAUUCCCCCGAGGCAAGUAGGGUGAAGUGCCUUGCCCAAGGACACAACGUCAGUUGGCAUGACCGGG